AUGGCUGUACCGGGCUGGAACAUCUUCCGCAUCCUGGGAGACUGCUCCCACCUCCUCUCCAAAAUCAUCCUCAUGGUCCAGAUCCACCGCAACCGGAGCGCCGAGGGUGUCUCCAUGAUCACCCAAAUCCUCUACGCCGUCGUCUUCUGCUCCCGAUACACAGACCUCUUCCAUGAGACGCACGCCUGGAACAUCAUGUUCAAGAUCUUCUACAUCACCUCCUCCUUCUACAUCGUUGCCAUCAUGUACUGGCGAUUCCCCCGGACCAGGGAGCGCGAGGUCGCUUGGAAGCUUGGCGGUGCUGCGCUUGCGGUCUCGCUCCUGCUGUCACCAUUCGCCAUGCUCAUUUUCGAGGGCAAAGAAAUGUGGUCUUUCCGCACAUGGCUUUGGGACUUUUCCCAGAUCCUCGAGUCUAUCUGCGUCCUGCCUCAGCUACUCCUGCUCCGCCAGACCAGUGUUCCGACGGUUAUCGAUUCAUUCUACCUGCUCGCGCUUGCAUCGUACCGCGGCUUGUACCUCCUCAAUUGGAUCUGGCGAGAGCUUGAUGCUAACGAUCGCCGACCCAACGCGGUCUCAAUUAUCUUCGGCAUCAUUCAGACAGCACUAUAUGUGGACUUCUUCUGGGUCUACUACACUCGUCAGCGUGUCAAGCUUCGCAAUGGCGGCAUUGUUGACGCCGACGACAUCAGCCGCGGCUGGCUCCUGAACCGCAUCUUUGGCAACAAGCGCUUCCAGCAGGACGCCAAUGAUGGCGAUGAGGAGAGCGCCCCUGCCCUUGGUGGUCGCGGGUCCGAUGGUGCCGCUGGCAAUGCCAGGAGGUCCAAGUGGGGUAGCAGAGGCAUUUCGAUCAGCGCUGAUGACAGCACCUAUGACCAGGAGAGUGGUCGCACCGGGAGAGCUGCUGGCAGCAGCAGCUUCACUGAUGACGACGGUCCGGUCGACCCUGACGCCAAGAUCUCGGACCCUGAUGACCUGGCCCGGGCUCUUGACGACGAGGACAGCGAUGACGACGAUAGUGACGAAGAGAGUGACGAGGACGAGCGCCCCUCCGGUAGCAACACGCAGAGGAGCGGCAUUACCAACGGCAGCGAGUGGCGGAACAACUAA